AAACGAAUGACAGAGACGUUGGACGAUAGUGCAAUACAACAUUCAUUAUUGAAACUAAUGCGGAUUCUUUAUAUUCGAUUGUGAAUUAUAAGGCUUGCGCCGCUACGUUGAUGUUCUUCCCACCAAGCCAUCUGCUGUCAUUCAUUAGAGGGAAACUGUCGUGCCACGGGGGUGUCUUGUGGCCAAUGCCACCGGCUUUACCUACGGGGAGAAGUGGGCAGUCAACCUUGGCUUGGGACGAGCGAGGAUUUAGCCGUAUUCCUUUAGCCGGCGUAUCGCUCUCGGCAGCCUUACCCUGCCCCGUCCAGGAACCCGUGGCUUUUGGACCAAACGGAAAAAAACUGUGGAUUUAUCGGCAGUGAGAACGGAAAUGUCGGAGUUGAAUAAAGAGGUGGUGGAUCUGGUGUGGGGGAGACCCUCCAACGGAGUGUCCGCCUCAAUCUUCCGGAGAUGGACUCAGGGGUUUGUUUUCAGCGAGAAUGAGCGCUCAGCACUGGAGCAGUUUGAAGGUGGGCCGUGUGCUGUCAUCGCACCGGUGCAAGCUUUCCUCUUGAAGAACAUCCUCUUUAACAGGGAAAGUGCCAACUGGAGACACAUCUCAGAGGAGGAGCAGAAAGCGGCUCUGUGUUCCACGCUGAGUGAGAUCCUGGAGUCGGCCUGUUCCAGCCCCUCCACUGGUUACUGCCUGGUGUCCUGGGCCAAAGGUCAAAGCCCGCACCCCAGUACACACACCACCCCACACACACCGUCACAGACACAGGGCACACCAGAGCCAGAGAGCAGCCAGCUGAACCGACAGCAGCAGCAGCCCACUGCUUUGGCUGCUGAGGAACUGGGCUUUGAGCGAUUUCACAGCGUCCUUCACAAACGGGCCAUCCAGUCAGUAUCUGAGCUGAGAGAGGAAAUGCUGUCUCUCUAUCACACCUGGAGGGGGUGCUGUGGGGUCCUUCUCUUCCUCUAUUCCGUCAUCCUCACCAAGGGAAUAGAGAAUAUUAGAAAUGAGAUCCAGGACACGAUGGAGCCCCUCAUAGAUCCUGUGCAUGGGCACGGCAGCCAAAGCCUAGUGAACCUCUUCGUAACUGGCCACGCUGUCUCUAACGUCUGGGACGGAGACAGAGAGUGCUCUGGCAUGAAAUUGCAUGGUAUCCAUAAACAGGCCUCCGUUGGUUUCCUGACUCUCAUGGAGUCGCUACACUACUGCAAGGUUGGGGCAUUCCUCAAGUCUCCAAAGUUCCCUAUUUGGAUCCUUGGCAGCGAAACUCAUCUCUCUGUGUUUUUUGCCAAGGAGAUGUCCUUGGUGGGUCCUGAGUCUCCAUCAGAGCAAGCCAGGAGAGUCUUCCAGUCAUUUGAUCCUGAAGAUAAUGGUUUCAUCCCAGAGUCUUUGCUGGAGGACGUGAUGAAGGCCCUUGACCUUGUCUCAGAGCCUGAUUACGUCAGUCUGAUGAAGAGUAAACUGGAUCCAGAGAGUUUGGGAGUCAUCCUGUUGGGCCCGUUCCUGCUGGAGUUCUUCCCUGACCAGGAUUCAGGAAUCCCAGACUCGUUUCCCGUCUAUCACUACAAUGGACUCAAACAGUCCAACCACAAUGAAAAGGUGGAGUAUGUGGAGGGGACAGCCUUGGUAUUAGGCUUCGAGGACCCCAUGGUACGGACGGACGACACGCCGGUCAAACGAUGUCUGCAGACCAAGUGGCCGUACAUCGAACUACUCUGGACCACAGACCGCUCCCCCUCCCUGAACUAGCACUGAGGAAACACAAGCUGUGCGUGCGUGUGCGUGUGUGUGUGUGUGCGUGUGUGUGUGUGUGUGUGUGCGCGCGUGUGGAUGAACCACUACCCCCACCCCCCACACUUCCCUCCUUUUCCCACACCUACCUUGCCUGCUGAUCCCGGUCGGGUCAGCUGGUUGCAAAGACUGAGACACGUGCACGUGUACCAACACAUGGAAGAGGCGUUUAGGACCGCCGGGCAUGUUCUGCCCAGAGGAGGCAGAGGCAAACCUGCGUCCACCACAUUGCUAGAGACGCACUCUCGCUCUUUUCAAACACUCGGACAUGCUCAGUCACUCGCUGUCAAGCAGACACCGCACACAAGCGCAAAAAAAGAGACAAAAACACGUUUAUUUCUCAUGCUAUUCGUCAGUCCCACAUCGCUUGUAAAUUGACACAAAGGAUAUUUAUGGUUUUAUUAUGUGUGAUAUGAAAAAAUGAAAUUUUAUUUGCCCUCAGCAGUGAGUCCGCUGUGCUGGUUCCAGCAUCAGUUUGUACCUCUGGCCUUUAGUUUUUCCCCUCCAGCCAGAUUGACUGUUCGUAGAAGACAAACGGGUUUGGUUCAGCGGCUGGAUACGCCGCCUGUGUCACCCGAUCACAUGUUGAACGCCACGUACAGCCGAACGACUAAGACGCUACUGUGACUCCAGCUAUGAGUCUGAGGGGAAACCUACCAAAGCCUUCCCCAUAUAGGAACACACACUCGCCUCCAAGCGUUUACAGCGUUAAGGGACCAACCUGCAACACCGAGACCUGGAGCUCUUAACAGGAAGUCACUUCCGUGUUUUCACCCUUAAGUUAACAUUGCCAGCCUGGUUCAGAUGCACUGCAUGUGGGUGUGCAUGUGUGUGUGUGUGAGUGUGUGUGUGUGUGUGUAGGUGUGCGUGCACAUGCACACGAUUUAUGCACCACAAAUGGAUGUUGACCAAUUACUCAUGUAUUUAUUACCACACUCCAAGGUUCUGGA